AUGGCGGAAUGGAACGUCUCCAAGGCGGACAAAGACCUUUUUCGUGACUUGAUCGCCGCUUCGAAGGACGAAAUCGCGUCGGGAAGCGCGAAAGCGAUCAAAGAGUUCCAGCAGAAGGAUUGUGUCACUUACAAGGACCUUGUCAAUAUUAAAGUGAGUUUUUCCUUGUUUAUAGUGAAGAAAACCAUCAAUCCUCGUGUUUCACCGUAAAAUUAUCUUCAAAACUUUCAACGAAUUUUUGCAGGAAAAGCUGCCCGCCGACAUGCCCGUCUUCGUCUUUUUCGAUCGAUUAACCCUCCGCCACGAGGAUCACACGUACAAAGCGUCGGCGGCGUUCCGAAAACGGACCGAAGAGCUGCGGGUGCAGCAGGAGCAGGACGCCUACAAACGGCUCAUCCGCGACGUCGAUCCGGCGCAGAAAUACGGGCGCACCGAACUGAUGGAGGUAAAAUUCAAGAUUUUCAGUGAAUUUCUUCAAAAAAUGAGAAUUCUUGCAGGAUUUUGGCCGACAAAUGCGCUCAUCACGCCGUCUGGAAACGUCGCUGAUCAACGUGCUCAUCACCGUCGUCGGCACCUUCUUUUUUGGAUUCUCGGGCGUCACCUACGCGUAUCCGCACCUCAAACUGGACUUUGCCACGCGAAUCCUCAUCGGAAUGGUGCCGGCGACUAUUGUCUUCUUCUGCGAUCUCUACUUUUUCGUCAAAAGUAUGGACAUGGACGAGACGACAGCGGAGCAGGUGCCUUCCGAAGGAACCAGGACGGCGCCAGCACCGGGAUCCAAUUUCAGCUUCAAAAAUAUGGAGGACAAAAAGAACGACUAG